AGGGAAAAGGACGCGCCGAGCGGGAGCCGCGGCUGGGAAGAGCGCGGACCGGCCGGGGUGUUUGGGAGAGCCGGGGCGGGGGCUGGGGGGGCGUCGGGCCGGCAUGGCUGGAGACUGCGCCCCGCAACCUUGAGGAGCCGCGCGGCUGGAGGAGGCCCGGGACGAGAAGGCGGCGGCGAUGGCAGCGCGCGGCCCCGGCAGCUGCUCAGGGCCGGGUCGGCUGGCCUGAGCCAGCGAGCCGCGGGGCUGCCGGCCGUGCUCGUCCCAUGGAGCAGCGGGAAGGGAGGAACUGCGGAGCGCCGCGUCCCAGCGCUGCGGCGGCGGCGGCGGCGGCGGACUGCUGAAGGAUAGGCGAGCGCACGCGGACCGCCGGGGGUCGGCGCCCGGGCCCCCCGAGCCCCGCAGGCCGGCUGCCCCCGGGGGUGGCGCGGGGACGGCGGAGGGCGAGCGAGAGGCGCCUCGGGAGAGGCGAGCGCGGGCGGCGGCCGCCGCUGCAGCUAUGCCGGGCCCGCUGCGGCUGCUCUGCUUCCUCGCCCUGGGGCUGCUCGGCUCGGCCGGGCCCAGCGGCGCGGCGCCUCCUCUCUGCGCUGCGCCCUGCAGCUGCGACGGCGACCGUCGGGUGGACUGCUCCGGGAAGGGGCUGACGGCCGUCCCGGAGGGGCUCAGCGCCUUCACCCAAGCGCUGGAUAUCAGUAUGAACAACAUCACCCAGUUACCAGAAGAUGCAUUUAAGAACUUUCCUUUUCUAGAGGAGCUACAACUGGCUGGCAACGACCUUUCUUUUAUCCACCCAAAAGCCUUGUCUGGCUUGAAAGAACUCAAAGUCCUAACUCUCCAGAAUAAUCAGUUGAAAACUGUACCCAGUGAAGCCAUUCACGGACUGAGUGCUUUGCAGUCUUUACGCUUGGAUGCCAACCAUAUUACCUCAGUCCCCGAGGACAGUUUUGAAGGGCUUGUUCAGUUACGGCAUCUGUGGCUGGAUGACAACAGCUUGUCUGAGGUGCCUGUGCGUCCCCUCAGCAACCUGCCAACCCUGCAGGCGCUGACCUUGGCUCUCAACAACAUCUCAAGCAUCCCGGACUUUGCCUUCACCAACCUUUCAAGCCUGGUUGUUCUGCAUCUUCAUAACAAUAAAAUUAAAACCCUCAGUCAGCACUGUUUUGAUGGACUAGAUAACCUGGAAACUUUGGACUUGAAUUAUAAUAACUUGGAUGAAUUUCCUCAGGCUAUUAAAGCCCUUCCCAGCCUAAAAGAGCUGGGAUUUCAUAGUAAUUCUAUUUCUGUUAUCCCUGAUGGAGCAUUUGGUGGUAAUCCACUCUUAAGAACUAUCCAUUUGUAUGAUAAUCCUCUAUCUUUUGUGGGGAACUCAGCAUUUCACAACCUGUCUGAUCUGCAUUCCUUAGUCAUUCGUGGUGCAAGCCUGGUGCAGUGGUUCCCCAAUCUGACCGGAACUGUCCAUCUGGAGAGUCUAACCUUGACAGGGACAAAGAUAAGCAGCAUACCUGAUGAUCUGUGCCAAAACCAAAAGAUGCUGAGGACUCUGGACUUAUCUUACAACAAUAUAAGAGACCUUCCAAGUUUCAAUGGUUGUCAUGCUUUGGAAGAAAUUUCAUUGCAGCGUAAUCAAAUCUAUAUAAUAAAGGAAAAUACUUUUCAAGGCCUAGCAUCCUUAAGGAUCCUAGAUCUGAGUAGAAACCUGAUCCAUGAAAUUCACAGUGGAGCUUUUGCGAAACUUGGGACAAUUACUAACCUGGAUAUAAGUUUCAAUGAAUUGACUUCUCUUCCUACGGAAGGCCUGAAUGGGCUCAAUCAACUAAAACUCGUGGGCAACUUCAAGCUGAAAGAUGCCUUAGCAGCCAGAGACUUUGCUAAUCUCAGGUCUCUGUCAGUACCAUAUGCUUAUCAGUGUUGUGCAUUUUGGGGGUGUGACUCUUAUGCACAUUUAAACACAGAAGAUAGCAGCCUCCAAGACCGUGGUGUGACAAAGGAGAAAGGUGCCACUGGUGCAGCGAAUGUCACCAGUGCUGCUGAAGAUGAAGAGCAUAGCCAGAUAAUUACCCACUGUACGCCUUCAACAGGUGCUUUUAAGCCCUGUGAAUAUUUACUGGGAAGCUGGAUGAUUCGCCUUACAGUGUGGUUCAUUUUCCUGGUCGCCUUGCUUUUCAACCUACUUGUCAUUUUAACUGUGUUUGCAUCUUGUUCAUCACUGCCUGCCUCCAAACUCUUCAUAGGCUUGAUUUCUGUGUCUAACUUACUCAUGUGCAUCUACACCGGCAUCCUCACUUUUCUUGAUGCUGUGUCCUGGGGCCGAUUUGCCGAAUUUGGCAUUUGGUGGGAGACUGGCAGUGGCUGCAAGGUAGCCGGGUCUCUGGCAGUCUUCUCCUCAGAGAGCGCCGUGUUCCUGUUGACGCUGGCAGCUGUGGAAAGAAGCACAUCUGCAAAGGAGAUAAUGAAAAAUGGGAAGAGCAGUCACCUUAGACAGUUCCAGGUUGCUGCCCUCGUAGCUUUGCUGGGUGCUGCAGUAGCAGGCUGCUUUCCCCUUUUCCACAGAGGGGAAUAUUCUGCAUCUCCCUUGUGCUUGCCCUUCCCUACAGGAGAAACACCAGCAUUAGGAUUUACCGUGACCUUAGUGCUAUUAAACUCACUAGCAUUUUUAUUAAUGGCCAUUAUCUACACUAAACUGUACUGCAACUUAGAGAAAGAAGACCUGUCGGAAAACUCCCAGUCUAGCAUGAUUAAGCAUGUCGCUUGGCUGAUCUUCACCAACUGCAUCUUUUUCUGCCCUGUUGCAUUUUUCUCAUUUGCACCGUUGAUCACGGCAAUCUCCAUCAGCCCCGAGAUAAUGAAGUCUGUUACACUGAUAUUCUUCCCGUUGCCUUCUUGCCUGAAUCCGGUCCUGUAUGUUUUCUUCAACCCAAAGUUUAAAGAAGACUGGAAGCUAUUGAAGCGGCGUGUUACCAGGAAACACGGAUCUGUUUCCGUGUCCAUCAGCAGCCAGAGUGGCUGUGGGGAACAGGAUUUCUACUAUGACUGUGGCAUGUAUUCCCAUUUGCAGGGCAACCUCACAGUGUGUGACUGCUGUGAGUCAUUUCUUCUGACAAAACCAGUAUCGUGCAAACACUUAAUAAAAUCACACAGUUGUCCUGUGUUGACAGUGGCCUCUUGCCAAAGACCAGAGGUCUACUGGUCUGAUUGUGGCACACAGUCGGCCCACUCUGACUAUGCGGAUGAAGAAGACUCCUUUGUCUCAGACAGCUCUGACCAGGUGCAGGCCUGCGGACGAGCCUGCUUCUACCAGAGUCGAGGGUUCCCGCUGGUGCGCUAUGCUUAUAAUCUACCAAGAGUCAGAGACUGAACUACAGUGUCUCUAACUGUUUUCCCCGUCGACCAAAUCACAGGGCUCAUGCAGUGAGCUGGCUGUCUUUCGACCUCUCAUAUGAGAAGCACUUCUGUGAUCACUGCCUGGUAUCAUACAGAAGAGGAAGAAGGCAGAACUUUGUUUCUCAAGCCAGACAUUUGUGAAGAAUGGGUGCCUCAAUUAAAAAUUGUUGGAAAAAAAUGCAAUGUCCCAGCAAUGUGUGCUCUAUUUGAAAUAAAUGCAACUUAGAAACGUUUUGAUGUAUGGCAUAGCAAUAUACAAUUAAGAGUUGUUGUUUUUUUUUUUUCCUAAUCCAUCAGGUGCAAAGUUCAAACUAUUUCUGAAUCAAGCACAAAAUAAAGGACAGCUGUUAAUAUUUUUAAGUGAAAAUGUGAAUUUAUAAAACUAAGUAAAAGUCUUGCUAAUUUUACCUAAUGUUUCAUCGUUAAUCUCAGGAUGACUCACUGCAGGGCCAAAAAGGGAUUGUCUCCCAGCUAGAGCUAUGUGAGUUCAAACAGGCAUUACCUUCAUGUGUUUGCUGUGUCCAUAAAUCAAAGGUUUUCUUCAAAUGACUUAAAAAUCUAAAACCUGAAGAUGUUUUGAGAACAAUAUUAACAGCUGUUAGAUUUUUUUUAAGAAAAUAGCAGAACAUUUGUUUUUGUUCAUUAUAUAUUGCUUUGGGUGAAAUCAGUGAUUUUUCCACUUCAGUGUUUUACACUCACAGUACUAGGACAAAGCAAAAGGCUAAUUGCUAUGUGGGCUUAGCAAAGGUGACUAAAUCACUAAGUAAUAUUGAGAUUUUAAUAAUAUCUAAGGGGUUUGAUGGCUCUUGUAAUGUUCCCAUUAAUUGACACUUCCUAAUGUCAUUGGUUGCACUGACAUUUCCAAUUUUAGUGACAUGGUAUCUACAGUUUUGAUUAUAUAGGAAGUAAACUCAAGUAAUUUUAUGUAAUUGUAAGAAAUUUGUAAUCAUGACACAAAGCACUUAAUUUUUUUUUUUUUUUCUUAGUGAGCUGGAGUCUCUUGUACUGUUAUAUGAAAACUUCAAUAUAUUUUUCCCAUCCUGGAAUUAAGAAAAAAGUCAGUAGCUCAGAUGCUGUGUGCUUUGGUUAAAAAAGACACAUAUUAUGAGUGGGGGAAUCAAAGCUUGUCCUAUGUCUUUUAAUUUUUUUUUUUCAGAUUACUUGAUUCUUACCUAUAGGCUUCUGUUGUGUUCCUGUAACGAGACUUAAUGCUGUUAAGUCAGUAGCAAACCCACUGCCAUCUUAGUUAUGCUGGAUUGCAGUUUGAUGAUUAAACUGUACAUACUGUGCAUAUGAUGAAUUUCUAUCUCAUGUAAAUUAUUUUUAGGACACAAGUUGGGAAAUGUGGCUUCUGUUCAUUUCGUUUAAUUAAAGCUACCUCCUAAACUAUAGUGGCUGCCAGUAGCAGAAUGUUAAAUUGUGGUUUAUAUACAUGUUUUUGUUUUUGAUUUUGUUUUUUUUUUUCCUUGCAUUGUAAAUAGUCUUGGUUGUACAUUGUCAGUGAAAUAAGAACAGAAUCUUUGUAUAUCAAAAUCAUGUAGUUUGUAUAAAAUAUGGGAGGGAUUUAUUUACUGUGUGUUGUAAUUUUGUAAGGUCAUCUAUUUACAACUUAAAUAUAAUGUUUGUAUAUUUACACAUCUGAUAAAUAUUAAAUCAUAACUUGGUAAGAAAAUUCCAAUUAAAGGCUUUCUUCCUAAAAUUCAA